UAAGAAAAGCACCCUAUCAAAGAUCAUCCAUCCCACUCUAAGAAAAGCAAAAGGAACCAAAAAAAGAGGGGAAAAAAAAAAAAAGGCAAAAAACGGGGGAAAGAAAAAGAAACACGCACAAAAACGAAGGGAGGAGUCUGCGCUUGCUCACUGACUCCUGGUUCCGACUGAAAUGAUGAUGAUGAUGAUGAGGAUGAUCCACAAUCCUAGCUGCCCUUUUCGAUGAAAUGGAACAAAAUGAAUGCCACCACCAUCGCCAUUUUCAACUUCUCCAACAACCCACUCUUCUCCUUCUCCCCCUUCUUCUUGUUGAGUAAUCACCACUCUUUCCUAAAUCAAACGUUGUCGUUUGGUUUACCCACCGCACCCUUUCCUUUUCAACGACCAUGAUCAGCUCCCUUAAACCCCUCCUUGGAUCUCAGCCGCAGAUCCACCACCGUCUUAGCUCUCUCUCUCCUCCCGCUCUCUCUUCUUCUCUCUCUCAUGGACCCUGCUACCUCUCGCCCUGCUGUCGUCAUCGACAACGGCACCGGGUAUACUAAAAUGGGCUUUGCUGGAAAUGUAGAGCCGUGUUUCAUAGUGCCAACAGUAGUAGCAGUGAAUGAUUCGUUUGUGAACCAGUCUCGGGCGGCUUCCACAAAGAGCAAUAAUUGGUUAGCCCAGUAUAGCGCUGGGGUGAUGGCGGAUCUGGAUUUUUGUAUAGGGGAAGAAGCGCUAUCCAGAUCUAAAUCUAAUACUACUUAUAACCUUAGUUAUCCAAUUAAGCGCGGCCAAGUUGAUAAUUGGGAUGCAAUGGAAAGGUUUUGGCAACAGUGUAUAUUCAAUUACCUAAGAUGCGAUCCUGAAGAUCAUUACUUUUUGUUGACUGAAAGUCCAUUGACUGCGCCUGAGAGCCGGGAAUAUACUGGUGAGAUUAUGUUUGAAACGUUCAACGUUCCGGGGCUUUACAUUGCGGUGCAGCCGGUGCUGGCUUUAGCUGCAGGGUACACCACAUCCAAGUGUGAGAUGACUGGUGUUGUAGUGGAUGUUGGCGAUGGGGCUACUCAUGUUGUUCCUGUUGCUGAGGGUUAUGUGAUUGGGAGCAGCAUUAAGUCAAUUCCCGUCUCAGGGAGAGAUGUCACUCUCUUCAUUCAACAGCUCAUGCGGGAAAGAGGAGAGCAUGUUCCUCCAGAGGAUUCCUUUGAAGUAGCGCGAAAAGUGAAGGAAGCAUAUUGUUAUACUUGUUCAGAUAUUGUCAAGGAGUAUAAUAAACAUGACAAGGAGCCAGCAAAGUACAUCAAACAGUGGAGAGGUAUCAAACCAAAGACUGGGGCACCUUACUCAUGCGACAUUGGUUAUGAAAGAUUUCUUGGCCCUGAGGUCUUCUUUAACCCUGAGAUUUACAGUAGUGAUUUUACAACCCCUUUGCCGGAUGUCAUUGACAAAUGUAUCCAGUCUGCUCCAAUAGACACAAGGAGGGCUUUGUACAAGAACAUUGUUUUGUCUGGAGGAUCAACCAUGUUCAAGGACUUCAAUCGAAGGUUGCAACGAGAUCUAAAGAAAAUUGUUGAUGCUCGUCUGCUCUCAUCAGAUGCUCGCCUAGGUGGAGAAGUCAGAGCACAACCAGUGGAAGUCAAUGUUGUCAGCCAUCCAAUCCAGAGAUAUGCCGUUUGGUUUGGAGGCUCUGUACUUGCCUCUACCCCUGAAUUUUUUGCAGCUUGUCAUACAAAGGCUGAGUAUGAAGAGUGUGGGGCAAGCAUAUGCAGAACGAAUCCUGUUUUCAAGGGGAUGUAUUGAUAUGAACACCAUCGGUCCAAUUAUGUUGAUGGCAUUUCCUG